AUGUACGCAAAACAGGACGAGGCUGCCCCUGUGGGAGGACAACAACAACAACACCCGCCGAGAGGCCCGCCGCCUGGGAUGGGCAACGCGAGAGGUCCACCACCACCACAGUUUCAAGGAAGCAACAGAGGAGGAGGAGGAGGAGGAGGGUAUUACGGAGGAAACAGGUCACCGCCGCGAGCAAACAGACCGCAAAUGAUGACGACGCAGCAGCAUCGGGCGCAGAGUCGGGAUCGAUAUCCCGCGGCGGAUGACGAUCAAGGCGCCGAGGACGGCGAGGUAGGCGAGUUGCCUCCACCAGGGAUGGGAAGAGGCCCUCCGCCGGGGAUGAUGGCACCUCCCUCGGGUUCGAGGUUUCCGCCGAUACCGACGGGCGGGAGGACGAGUCAACCGAGACCUGGUUUUGACGAACCGAUUAUGGCGAGCGCGGCGAUGCCGGCGAAUCGACCGAGUCUUUUAGCGCAGACGCAACAUCAGAAGAAGUACGUGCCACCGCAAAUUCCAGGAGAUGGUGGAGGCGGGAGUGCUCCGGUCGGACCGCCCCCGGGGGUGUUAAAACCGCCAGCAACAAGCGGUAUUCGUGGUUCGGAAGGCGAUUUGACGUCGCCGUCGAAAAAGAAACUCGGUUGGGGUCGGUCUUUGAAGCCGCAACAAGCGCCGCCGCCGAAGAAAGAAGAAAACGAAGAAGAGGAAGAAAAGAAAGUCGAGAAAGAAAAGGAGGAAGAAGAGGAGAAGCCGCCGUCUCGACCGCCGUCGGCACCACCCGUCGCUAUCGAAAAGAAAGCAGCGCCGACGAAAGAGGAGGCGCCGACGAUGGACGACAAAGAGUUGAAAAAGCUCAAAGCGGCGGAGAAUCGAUUAAAAACGACCAAAGCCGCGUUGGUCGCGCAGAUGGAUCGCGUGGACGAAACCGUCGUCGAGUUGGAAAAAGAACUCGAAGCGCUCGUCGAUCAGAGACGUUUGGAGAAACAAAAAGAUAAAGAAGACCGCGACGGCGACUCUUCGGAUUUGCGUUACGCGAGACGCGAGACGGAACUUCUUCGAAACCGAUUACAAACCGCAGAGAAGCAAAGAGAACAGCGAGAACUGUUCGUGGAAGAAAGAAACCAAGAAGCUCGAGAGUUGGCCAAUCGCGAGCGCGAGUUGAAGGAUAUUCGCAAAGCCUCUGCGUCUGAAACCGAAAAGGCGGCGAGAUUUCUAGCCAAUCGCGUGUGCAGAGAGAUGUGCGAAAGAGAUAAGAAGAAAGUGAGCGAGGAGAUUCCGAAGCAAUUCGCGGCGGAAAACAAAAAGAGACACGACGAUGCGGAGGAGCGAAUCACCUCCAAAGAUCACAUUUCGCUUCCUAGUAUUUACUCAAUUCCAAAAGAACAACAAACGAACGCGGCGGAUAUCGCGAAGAGAGUCUACGACGAAGAAAAGGACGAAAAGAAACGCGGGAAAGUUCGCGAACAAAUUAUGAACGUCUUGCGCAAACGAAAGAAAAAGUUGAGCGAAUACGAAUACACGUUAGCGUUGCAAUACUUGAAAUAUCGAGAGCGAUGGCGCGUGUCGUUAAUGUUUAAAGCGGCGGAAAAGGAACGAAGAGAGCGCUUGGCGCAAAAAGGCAAUCGCCGAGGCAUUACCGGCAUGGGAGGUGGACCUUCGUCCUCCUCGAGAAACCGAUCAGAUUCGCGAAAUCAACAAAUUGGUGCGGGCGGCGUCGGUGGAUUGUACGGUGCUCCUGGUUUUGGCUUCGGUCGCUCCGAUGGUGUCGCGCGAUCCGAAUACGAGGAGAUGCAAAUGAUCAAAGCGUUACAACGCAAAGAAGAGUUGAAAACGCUCUGCAAGGUUCCGGAUAUGAUCUUGGACGAACACGAAAGACGCAUUGCGAUUUUUGACAGCCGAAACGGUCUAGUCGAGGAUCCUAAAGCCGAACACGACGCGGAGAAGUUCAUUCGCCCUUGGACCGAAGACGAGAUUCGCGUGUACCACGAAAAAUUCACCGCGUACGGAAAGAACUUUCGACGCAUCGCGAAGCACUUGCCCGGCCGCGAUACCGCGGAUUGCGUCGUAUAUUACUACAGAAAUCAAAAGACGUCGGACGGGUUUAAAGCGCGAAGGAAAGCCGCGGCGAAGAAGAGAAAGAUGUAUAACGACGCGCGCCGCAGCGGCGCGACUGGUUUGUACAGCGCGCCGCCGGAAGCUAUAGCGCAAACGUUUAAAGAACGCGAAGAGACGCAACGUUCCGCGUUAACCGCCGAAGCGCGAUUAGAACGCGCGGCGUUGGCGCAAGCCGCGAAAGCGGCAAAAGCGAAGAAAAGAGCUGAGAAACGUGAACGCGAAGGUGGUGGAAACGACAACGAGAGGAAAGGGAGUUUUUCUGAGUUGACGGAUGCGUCCGGGGAAGUCAGCGGCGAGGCGAAGCGUCAAAAAGCGUGA